AUGGAUAAAAAGUCUUAAAAAUAAUUAUCCUUAGAUACAUCAUAUGAUGAUUAUAAUCUAAGAGAAGAUGAGGAAUACUCAGAGGAUGAUAAAGGAAAAUCAAGAAAGUUGGAUUUCAGAAGCAAGCAAACUAAAAAACUGGAGAAACAAUUAAUAAAAUUAGAUAAAGUCUAGAACUCAUAGCAACCAGUGAGCAUGGAAAUAUACUAUUUACUUAAAUUCUAAUAGAACUUAAUUUAUUAAGUUACAAGUCUUCACACCAGAAUUAUGAGAAUCAUUGAGAACUAGUUUGAUUAUUCCACGUUAUUAUGA